AUGGCGGCUGCCACGCGCGGCUGCUGGCCUUGGGGCUCGUUCCUCGGGCUACUCGGGCUGGCCUCGGCGGCAGCCGCCGCCUGGGACUUGGCUUCUCUGCGCUGCAACUUCGGCGACUUCUGCGAGUGCGACUUCCGGCCCGACUUCCCGGGUCUGGAGUGUGAUCUGGCCCAGCAUCUGGCCGGCCAGCACUUAGCCAAGGCGCUGGUGGUGAAGACGCUGAAGGCGUUCGCUCGGGACCCAGCCCCCACCAAGCCGCUGGUCCUCUCCCUGCAUGGCUGGACAGGCACUGGCAAGUCCUAUGUCAGCUCCCUGCUGGCACACUACCUCUUCCGAGGUGGCCUCCGCAGCCCCCAUGUACACCAUUUUUCCCCGGUCAUCCACUUCCCCCAUCCUGGCCACAUUGACCGCUACAAGAAGGAUCUUAAGAGCUGGAUCCAGGGCAACCUCACUGCCUGUGGCCGCUCUCUCUUCCUCUUCGAUGAGAUGGACAAGCUGCCCCCGGGCCUGAUGCAGGUCCUUCGGCCUUUCCUGGGCCCCUCCUGGGUCGUGUAUGGGACCAAUUAUCGCAAAGCCAUCUUUAUCUUCAUCAGCAACACUGGCGGCGAGCAGAUCAACCAGGUUGUGCUGGAGGUGUGGCGCAGCCGGCGGGACCGCGAGGACAUCAGCCUGCAGGAGCUGGAGCCGGCCAUCUCUAGGGCUGUGCUGGACAACCCGCACCAUGGCUUCUGGCGCUCCGGUAUCUUGGAAGAGCACCUCCUGGACGCCGUGGUGCCCUUCCUCCCGCUGCAGCGGCACCAUGUGCGGCACUGCGUGCUCAACGAGCUGGCCCAGCUGGGCCUGGAGCCCCGGGAGGAGGUGGUGCAGGCCGUGCUGGACAGCAGCACCUUCUUUCCGGAGGACGAGCUGCUCUUUUCCUCCAACGGCUGUAAGACCGUGGCCUCCCGGAUCGCCUUCUUCCUCUGAGCCUCGGCGGCCUUCUCGCUCUCUGCCACGCGGCUGGGCCGGCUGGGAGAGCCCUGCCCCACACUUCCUGGACCGUGGGGCCCAGAGCCCAGCGGGAGAAGAUCAGACCAGUGUGGGCUAGGCCACGGCCCAGGGCCGGGGCAGGCCCCGGCUCCCAGCUGCUUUUCAGGGUCUCUUGGCCUUCCGUCUCCCCCAAGCAUACCUCUGGUCAGCCCAGAACCUCACUGGGACCUGACCCUUGCUCAUGAGCCUGUCUUGAACUGUCACUCAGGGCCUGUGGCCUGUGGCUGCAUCCUCCCUCGAGGGGUUAUUUACCCUCCCCGCUCCCCCCCC